GAGCGCAGCCGCGCCGACCACCAGUUUAGCACCAGCUGCACACCGAUCGCGAGCACAGCCCCAAGCUGCAGGUCGCACUCUCGGCUUUUCCAGCACCUUUCUGUAUGAACUGAAGACACUUUAUUCGGCCAAACGCAAUUCGACAUGGCGGCCCCCAACCAAAUCGCCUACACCAACAAAAGGGUGUUGGACCGCUACCUGGCUCUUGAACAGCCUGCCGACAAGGUGAUGGCUACCUACAUUUGGAUCGACGGCACCGGCGAGAAUGUGCGCGCCAAGACCAGAACCCUCGACUCCAUUCCAAAGAGCCCAAAGGAUUUGCCCAUCUGGAACUAUGACGGCAGCUCAACGUACCAAGCCGACGGUUCCAACUCAGACAUCUACCUCCACCCCUGUGCCAUUUACAGGGAUCCCUUCCUCCUCGGCAACAACAUCCUUGUCCUUUGUGAAACCUACCGCCACAACGGAAAGCCCACUGAAUCAAACCACCGCAAGUCUUGCGCCGAAGUGAUGGACCGCGCCAAGGACCAGCACCCGUGGUUUGGCCUCGAACAGGAGUACACCCUUCUCGACCAGGACCUGCAUCCCUUUGGCUGGCCCAAGAAUGGAUUCCCCGGUCCCCAGGGUCCCUACUACUGCGGCGUGGGCGCCAAUAAGGUGUUUGGCCGUGACAUUGUUGAGGCUCACUACAAGGCCUGCCUGUAUGCAGGUGUCAUGAUCUGCGGCACCAACGCUGAGGUUAUGCCAGCGCAGUGGGAGUUCCAGGUGGGACCCGCCGAAGGUGUGAAGAUGGCCGAUGACAUGUGGGUCGCCAGGUACCUUUUGCACCGCGUUGCUGAAGAUUUUGGAGUUGUGGUCACUUUGGACCCUAAGCCAGUGCCAGGAAACUGGAACGGCGCCGGUGCUCACACCAACUUCUCAACCACUGCAAUGAGAGAAGAAAAUGGCAUCAUUGAGAUUGAAAAAGCCAUCACUAAGCUUUCCAAGCAGCACAUUCGCCACAUUAAGGCCUACGAUCCCCAUGAGGGCAAGGACAACGAGAGACGUCUUACUGGUCACCACGAGACAUCUUCCAUUCACGAUUUCUCUGCUGGAGUUGCCAAUCGUGGCUGCAGCGUUCGUAUUCCUCGCCAGGUUGCUGAGGAAAAGAAGGGUUACUUGGAGGACAGGCGUCCAUCAUCCAACUGUGACCCGUACAGUGUUUCUGAAGUGCUGGUGCGCACUAUGUGCCUCGACGAAUAAACAGGGUUGUGGCUUUCCCCCCUCUGGACAGCCAGAAGAGACAAAAUAUAAAGCGCAUCAUUUAAUUUUAGAGCUCGACGUUUCACUGUUAACAAGUGCAUUUUUCUAAACAUAUUAUACUGUAUUUCACCCAUCAGCUUCUCGAUCGUCCAGAAUCGAGCGUGAAACUUUUAUCUCUAUACCCCUUCCUCUUGAAAACAAACUAUACAAACUGUGUAAAAUAUCAAAUUGCCUCGCCUUAUUUUGCCCUAGAUGGCUUUCGUCUUUUCCAUGAAAACUGAUUAAGAGCACGCAAGAGUAUAGAAGCAUGCGUAUUUUGCACGAGGGUAACUUUGCACAAAUUUUGAAAAAUUUCCUCAAAAAUCUAGAGACGAGAGCAAAUGAAUAUACAAACUAUAGACCAUCUGAGCACACAAAAAAUGAGAAUUAAAUAUUUUUAUGCCGUGCAGCGGUUCAGCAGGCGCGAAAAUGUCUUACUAUACAUGUUGAAUGGAGGCAGCAGAAGUGAUGUUUGUUAUACGUAAAGGCCUUAAAUGUUUCCAGCGCAGCGCAAAAGUGUAGAGAUUUUUGGUGAGCACUAUUAUUGCACUCAAAUUGUAUAGAUCAUAUGAGAAAGGGCUUUGCAUUCCACUCACUAAUUAACCCACUCUUGCCUGCACAUCAGCUGUUGCUAAAAAUGCUGGAAAUAUUCAAGGUAUUGUCUUUCUCGCCUACUUUAAUUGACAGGAGAAAGAUUAUUAAAUAAAAUAUGAUUACAUAUACACUGUUCUGUGUUGUAUUGAUUUAAACGUUUAAAUAGUCUUGUACAUCAUGUAAUUGUUAGUUGCUCGACCACUUUUUUAUUGACGUUCUUGCCAAUUGAUGACAAGUGUGAAGGUAUUGAUUAAAAAUAUACAGAUGAAAAAAUAAAUGAAUGUUUUAUGAUAUGAGAAUAAUUAUAAAUUAUAAUUUGAAAAGCGAAAAUGAUAUAUGUUCACAAUGAGAAACACCGAGAGACACAAAAGCGCUAUUCAAACAGUUUUAUAACAUGUAAAGGGACGAUAUUUUUUAUUAAUUUGCUUAUUAUAUGGAAUUAAAAAAAAUGGUGAUGACAA